UCAUCCCGCAGCACCACCGCCCGCACUCUCACACCAGCAGGACGGUUUACACCAGCAGGACGGUGACCUCCGGUGUCUGACUAGGGUUAGGGUAACAGUUUCACCGCCCAGCACUUGCUAUUUUCGUCUGCUGAUACAUUCACGCUAUGGUUAUUUUGUGCUUCAUGCGAAACAGGAAAACGGUAUCGACGCGGUGCUGUUCCCACGAAGAUCCGACUAGCUAUCAUAUCGGCUUGCGGAUGAUGGCCGGUGCUUCGUAUCUCCAUGUCGCCGUGCUGUUCGGCGUGUCCAAGGAGACGGUCUUUAGCAUCUUGUGGCAGGCGACAUGCGAUGCCAACUACCGGUUUUGCAGCAUGUCUUGCAUUGCACCCGGCUCGACCAAUGACUGGACGGCAUGGAACCAUUCGGAUCUAUCCACAGCGGUAAAAAACCUGCCGCCAGGCUUCUACAUGCUCGGAGACGCGGCUUACCCCCUAAGCGACCACCUGUUGACUCCGUACCCAGGGAGGGGACUACCGCUGGACAAAGAUGCGUUCAACUUCUAUCUGAGCCAACUCAGAGUCAGGAUCGAGCAAGCGUUCGGCAUUCUCGUCGGCCAGUGGGGCAUCCUGUGGAAGCCGUUGCGUGUUCAGUUCGCUGGGCGCUGCGACCUCAUCACGGCGCUCUUUCGCCUCCACAACUUUCUCCGGGACGAGAAGGUCACACCAAUCCACCGGUCGGAAGAAGACGCCGAGGUGGUCCAGGUACGCCCCCACCUACUCGGCGACAAGACUCUGCCAGGAACUUUCAGCACGACCACCAAGACCACCGAGGACGCGCAGAAACCCACCAGGUCAGGCGAAGUCUCCACGCGCAAGGGGAUCACGAUGAUGCUGGACAACAAGCGCCAGUACCGCCCAAAGCACAACUUGGUGCGCAACGCAGCGAGGAAGACGGAAGGGGUCGAACGUGGGCGGGCUGCGGUGGAGGGCGGGUGGGUCCCGAGGACGUAUGGCAUGGAUGAUGGAUGA